CCCAGCUCGUAGUGGAGGCCGAUACCUUUGGUAGCCAGGUGAGAAUCCGGGGCAAAGAAACCGAUUUCUACCUGUGCAUGAACCGCCGCGGCAAGCUGGUAGGAAAGAAGGCCAGUAAUCGAAGCGAUGACUGUGUCUUCGUGGAAAAGGUUCUGGAAAACCACUACACAGCUCUGAUGUCAGCACGCUACACGGGCUGGUACGUGGGCUUCACUAAAAGAGGACGUCCUCGCCGCGGCCCCCACACGCUCCCCAACCAGCAGGACGUGCACUUCAUGAAGCGCUUCCCGCCCGGAGAGCAGCCUGACCUCACCACCCCCUUCCGCUUCACCACCGUCAGCAAACGGGGCAAGAGGGUGCGUGCUACUGGACCCCGCUAGUAGUGGCUAACGCUAGCACCCGCUUUCUUGUCGUCCACAGCCUUGACCUGAGCCUGCCAAUGGCUAACCCAGUCAUCACUUCUAUCACACAUGACUCAACACCUCCCUUUGUUGGGACAAACAUUGACCAGAAACUUGAUGAAUCAUUCACGGGGUUUAGCUUUACACCUACUAAUUUGCCACUACAGCCCCUUAGUUAUUGAUCAUUCCUCUCAGUUUUAGUUCCCUUACUGGACCAACUGGAGCUUUACCGGUCCAUGGCUGGACCUGGUCUGCUUCCGUUCAUUGGUCAGAAAUACUGACAGGAAACCUGAAGGGCAGCCAGACUCCCAGGCUCUACAAAGACCUUUAUUCCCCCCACUACAAAAAGCUCAAGGCCUUCACAUCUCCUCUUCUGGACCAGCUUGACACUGUCAAGUACGGGAUUACAACUGGACCAUACAGAGGCAACAAGGGUGGGAAAGACUGACUGAACAAGACAGUGGGUGCUUAGCCUCGGAUAAAGGGAAAGCAAGAAGGAGAAGACAGGAAAAUGGCGGACUGGACAAAGGGAUAGAGUGGUCUGCGCAGCGGAUCAUAUGGACCAAUAAUUGACUGUUGACAUGUGACGCACUUAUUUGUCUCACUGCUAAAUUGGUGGGAACCUGUGAGACUGUUGGACGAGCGGAAGGAUGAGUGACAAGAGUCUGAACGAUCGAGUGAGUGACUUACUGAAUAAAUGCAUGUUUGUAGGAGGAGGACGAGGAAACAUUUGUACGGGUGUGCUUGUGCUUGUGUGUGUGAAUGAGUGAGUGAGUGCACCAACAACCAUGAGUGAAGCUGGAUCACAAGGGACUCUGGAAAGGGACCACGCAGUCCCUGCAUGAACCCGUGACAACUCACCGCAGGGACUGAAGCUUUAGGAACUGGAAUGUAUAAAAAAAACAAGCUGCACCAAAUACAGCCAGCCAAUCACAGCGAACCAAACCAACAACCGACCAAAGACAACUGGAGACCUUCUUCACGACUCCUCCCCACGUUCCCCCACCACCACCCCCAGGACACAAUGCCCUCCGCUUAUAGGUGCGGAGGGUGACGAGCGAAGGGACGAGCACGGCGGGGAGGGUGCCUUCUUAAUUAGCAUCAUUGCUAUAGAAACAACCCAGGGGAUGAUGCUCCCGUGCGAUAUCUUGGAUACAGAGUGCUGCUACCAGGACAUUCAGUGGAACAAACCAAAGUCUCAUGCAUACACCCAGGAGAAAAAAAAAUAUUAAAG